ACCGCCAAUGAACACCAACGAAGAAGAAACCUUUGCAGUAUGGUGACGUCAGGUCAGCUGAUCACUACCAAGGAGAAAGAUGUCGCUGACAGACUGGAGAAGGAUGGAGGUUGUAUUCACCGCCGCGUUUCUUCUCUGCUUUCUGGCCACAAACGGUGUUCAUGGGGACAGCCUCACCGUGCUGCAGGCUCCAGAGUUUGUGUCCUUCGAGAAGGGAGACUGGCCUGUCUCAGGGGAGAAGAUCCCUGACCUAGUGGCUUUAACUAUGGGCUUCUCUAUUCAAGAGGAUCUGUCCUGGCCAGGUCUUAAGGCUGGCCCACUGUUCCAGCGUCCCCGUGCUAACGUCCUGGUAGUGGUGAGAGGAGUGGACAGCCUGGACCUGCCUCAGAGUGUGGCCUCGUACCCCCUGGAGAACCCCGUCCCCUUCACACUGGAUAACGUUGCAGAGACUGUGCACUCCCUCUUCGCUGAGGACACACCUGUAGUGCUGCAGUUGGCCCCCAGUGAGGAGAGGUUGUAUAUGUUGGGGAAGGCCAAUGCUGUGUUCGAGGACUUGCCGGUCACCCUGCAGCAGAUCCGUGCUCGUCUGUCCCAGGAUGGAUCUGUGCUGGCUUCUCUGCCACUUAACUCCCUCAGCAGAAAUGUAGAGGCUGAUCUCCUCUUUUUGUCUGAGGUCCAAGUCCUGCAUGAUAUCACAGCUCUGCUGCUAAGGCACAAACAUUUGGCGAAGGAUCACUCCCCUGACCUGUACUCUCUGGAGUUGUCCGGCCUGGAGGAGCUCAGCAGGGUCUACGGCAAAGACUCUCCCCAGUACCGCGAUGCCACCGCCAUUCUCUCCUCUGUCCUGCAGAAGUUUGCAGAGGAUGUGUAUGGUCUCUACAGUAACAGUGCUGUGGUUGAGAUCGUCACAGUGAAGACCUUUGAGGCUCCUUUGACCAGGAAGUCCCGUUCGAUCCUGGAAUCCAAACAGAUUAGUAACCCCGGCAGCCCGUACAACCUGGCCUACAAAUACAACUUCCACUACGCCGUGGUCUUCAACAUUGUGCUGUGGCUGAUGAUUGCUCUGGCUCUUGCUGUCAUCGCCAUCGCCUACAACCUGUGGAACAUGGACCCAGGAUAUGACAGCAUCAUCUACAGGAUGACCAAUCAGAAGAUCAGGAUGGACUGAGUCCACCUCUCCAUCAAACACUCCAGCUGUCGUCCUAGAUCCUUCUAGUGAAUGUGUGUGUUUUGUGUGAGGUUGUGUUUAGUGAAAUUACUGUGACCGCUUGAUGGGAGGAAGGGAAUAAUUCUGAAUCUUUGUUUACACAAAGAAAAAAAACACAUCAUCUCAAGUAUGGUGAAGUGGUUCAUUAUCAUCCUCUGGUGUACACAGUGAACAAACUCUUCCUCCUUUCAACCUCUCAUCAUUCCUCUUGACUUUAACCUCCUCACUAACCAGGUUUCAUUUGUUUCCCCUGUUGAUUGCAAUUUUUUUAUUUUAUUGUAAAAACUUGUUGUAAUGUUAUGAAAGGAUGAGGUUUGUAUGGUGCCUGUGUGAAGUUGUAGUGCUUGUCUUGCUGUGUGAAACUGUUUUAAGUUAAAUAAAUCUAUGUGUAUAUAUUGAAUAUACAAAUGCAACUAUAUGAGAAACUGCUGUAGUCCUAUUGUUAAAAAAUUGCGCUGCGAUUAUUCCAGGUAGGUUUCACCCUACACAGUUCAAAAUGUUAAAUGCAUAUUGGUUUACGGAAUAACUUGAUGAAUAAGGUGUUUGUUGUGAUUGGUUCUGGACAAAUGAAGCGCUGUAAUUUGAAGGAACAUGUCUGACAAUAAAUUAUUACGUGGAUCACUC